GAAAACUGAAAAAAGAAAGAAAGCAACACUCCAUCGGUCGUGAAUGAGAAGGGAAAAUAUAUAACAUCCAACAGUACAUAGUACACUCCUGCUUAUUCUUUGAUUCUUUCCUCUGUUGAGCUAAAGGAACACCCAACAAGUUGAAAGAAGAAUGGGAAGAGGGAAGGUGGAGCUGAAGAGGAUCGAGAAUAAGAUAAAUCGACAGGUAACAUUUGCAAAAAGAAGGAAAGGGCUGCUAAAGAAGGCGUACGAGCUCUCAGUUCUCUGUGAUGCUGAGGUUGCUCUCAUCGUCUUCUCCACCCGUGGAAAGCUCUCUGAGUUCUCCAGCGGCCCUAGCAUGGCGAAGACGCUUGAGAGGUAUCAAAGAUGCACUUAUGGAGAACUGGGAGCAAGUCAAUCUGCUGAGGACGAACAGAGUAGAUACCAAGACUACUUGAAGCUAAAAACGAAAGUAGAGGCCCUACAACGCACGCAGAGACAUCUUCUUGGGGAAGAUUUGGUUCAUUUAGGCAUGAAGGAGCUUCAGCAGCUUGAGAAUCAACUCGAUAUGUCAUUGAAGAAAAUCAGGUCCACUAAGACCCAAUUUAUGCAUGUUCAGAUUUCUGAGCUUCAGAGGAAAGAAGAAAUGCUGCUGGAAGCAAACACUGGACUGAGAAGGAAGUUGGAAGAAAGUACUGCUGGCUUUCAACGAUCAUGGAAUAGCAAUCACCAGGCUGCUCAAUUAGAAGGAUUCCCUGGGCAUUUGCAAUUCGACAAUACAUUGCAGAUCGGCUACAGUACUCCAGCAGUAACAAAUGAUGAGGUGAAUGUAGCAACGUCCUCGGAACAAAGUCGUCGGGGAUUCAUCCCUGGUUGGAUGCUCUGAAUUUAGAGGAAUCAUGCAUCAAUCAAAGAGUAAAGUGGUGAACAUCAUGUGUUGUUUCACUUAUUAAUAAUUUGCUACCUCGUAUCGUUUAAUGUUAUAGAAGGGUUCAUUCAUUCGUGAGACUAAUGCACAAGAACUCAUCACGACUGUUGUGCCCUAAAAAUUUCAUUUGGAUUUUACCUUUUACCAAUGAGUAGUAUAAAACGCUUGUGUGGUGUUUGUGAGACAGAUCAAACAAUUGAACACUUGUGCCCUA